UUGGCGCCUUUUCGUGUGGUUCUUUAUCUAGUGUGAUGGAUAGCAUAGAUCAAUUUCCUUUGUUACGUUUGUCUUCUAUAGUUAAAAACCCUAAAAAUGGAGAAAAUCCUCAAAACCCUAACUCAUCCCCUGGGAUGAAUGUACCGCCUGUUAAUUCUGGCUUGGCUUAUGCUGGGGUUAAUUCUUCCCCUGUGGUUCUAUGUCCGGAACUCAGUAAGCCUAAGUGGGUGGAUGUUGCCGCUCCUACUUUGGUCCCUUCUGGCUCGUCUCGUAUGAAUCUGUCUUACUAUCCCCCCAAAGUUCGAGAUUCGAAGGUUGUGGUUUGCCCUCCUCAAGAUGUGAUUGAUCUUGGGUCUGACCUCUGAACUGGAUGUGUUGUUGGCUAUUUUCUUGAUAAGAAGGCUCCUUUCCAUCUGGUUAAGAGCAUUGUUACAAGGAUUUGGGAAAAGUUUGGAAUUUAUGAGAUCUUAGCCAAUGAUCAGGGGUUUUUCUUCUUUAAAUUUUCUAAGGCUGAUGCUCGUACUGUUAUGGAGGCUGGGCCUUGGCAUGUUGCUGGGAAACUUUUGAUUCUCAAACCAUGGGAGCCCCAAAUGGUGUUAACUAAGGAAAAGCUGAGCACUAUCCCUGUCUGGGUACAGUUCUCUAAAAUCCCCUUGGAAUUCUGGACUGAACAGGGGCUUAGUUACAUUGCUAGUGCCCUAGGUAAACCCCUCUAUGCAGAUGAUAUGACAGAGAAGGGGAAGCGUCUCAGCUUUGCAAAGAUAUGUGUUGAAAUUCAUGUAGAUACUCCUCUGCUGGAUGUGGUUGAAGUAGAAUAUGCUAAUGGAGCCUCUGCUUUUAUCAAUGUUAAGUAUCCAUGGAAGCCAUCUCGAUGCUCUGAAUGUCAUGUUUUUGGCCACACUGAGGCUAGUCAUAUGGUACAGCAACUUGCGGCUAGUAGGCCUACUACUGCAGUCCUUGUUUCUGAUAUGUUGCCUUUAGGGCAGGCUUCUGGAUUACCUUUUGUUGGUGCUAGCCCUCCAAAAAUGGGGGUGGGCAGCUCUCUGGUUCUGAGCAAAUCUCCUUUGAUCUCUAUGGGUAUGGAUCCUAGCUCCUCUGCUGUGGUAAGUUCUCUUGGUAUUUUACAACAGGAGGAUACUCUUUCUGCUUUUUCUGUGUCCAAGUCCAGGAAGAACUCUGGUAAGAAGGGGUCUAAUGGUUUGGGGUCACCUCCUCAUGGGGCAAUUCAGAUUGUAAAUACAUUUUCCAUUUUGGAGUCUACAGUGCCUUUGGAUCUUCCAGAUGUUUCUACUGGGUUGGUUUCAGAUUCUGUUGUCCUUCCUCUUUCUGUGGGUGAUGUUCCUGAGGAUGGAGGAAGUAUCCAUGUAGACCCUGCAGUUGGUGUUACUGAUGGGGUUGCUACUUUGGUGCUCCCUGCUGCUCUUGUUGAACCAAUGGCUGAAACUGUGGUAGGUGUGGUGAGUGGGCAAGUGGAGAGUAGCUUUACUCAGCCUGUCUCUGUCUCUGUGGCUGCUAAGGCUGGGAAAGGGAGGAAUCGUGGAGCCUCUGGGAAAAGGUAG